AUGUCUUACAUUGUGUUCGCGGUAGAUAAUGCCGAUCGGAUGACGCUUCUUGGCCCCCCUACGCCAGAGGGCCCCAACCUGAAGCAAAUUGCGAUAAGUUUUAUUCAAGCCCCCAAGCUUGCGCGCCGAACGUCGAGUGGUGAAUUUGGUCCAGAGGACCCGUGUGCUUUUGAGGCGGUAGAGUUGAUGCGCACCACAUUUAUUGGGAAGCCUGUGAAAUUCGUGGAGGACUACGUUAUCGAGGCGUUGCAGCGGCGAGCCGGGCGCCUAACUCUCACAAGUGGGGAGGACGCCGCUGUCGUGCUCUUGCAGAAUGGUUUCGCCACCAUUCCUGAACGUCCCCCCGCCCGAAUGGACAAGUCGCUCUUUGCAAAAUACACCGCGCUCAUGAACGAGGCGAAGGCAGCGAAGAAGGGUCUUUUCGCCCCCAAUGCAUCGCGCCACGUGCGCACUCUAGUUGAUCUCAGCCUUGAGGAAACAGCUAAACUUGGGGAGAGACUUAAGGCGAAGGAGGUUCAAGUGCGUGUGGAGCAGGUGUUGCUGCCGACGGUCAUCAUGGUGUCUGCGGAGGGGUUUGGCCCCACGCAUGUGGCUGUGCACAUGUCUGGUGUCACCGUGAAAGAUGCAGACUGUAUGUCUGUUUCAACAGCCGCACGCUUCCACACGGAACGCUACCUCCUACACCGCAAGGUAAAAGUCGUCUUUGAGGGCGUUGACCGUUUUGGAAACAUUCUGGGUUCCGUCACCUCUCCCAAAGGUGUCUUCCAGAAUGAACUACUCUCACGUGGGUUUGUGAGAAUCAACCCCGUUACAUUAAGCCACACGAACCGAGCUGAAGAAUUGCAGGCCGCUGAGAACGAGGCCCGGGCUGCACGCCAAGGGUUCUGGAAGAAUUUCGAGGAGCCCACGACAGCAAACGCACUUCAAGUCAAUUACGGAUCUGCCGCUCCGGCCGCUCCCGGGCUUCCUGUGGUGAACACAAACGCAAACGGCAAUGCUGGGCCCGAGUACAAGGGUCCUUUGGUGUUCAAUGCUGUUGUUGUACAAAUCAUCAACGGUGAUACCCUUGCUGUGCGUUCGGAUGAAACGAGGGAGAUUAUACGCGUAUCCUUGGCUGGUGUGCGCUCCAGUAAAAAUGUCACGCGGGAGCAGGACGGCCGCUCUCCUGAGACCCGUGUCACCUACAGUGACUACGAGUGGGAGGCAAAGGAGUUCCUGCGUACACAUUACAUUGGCAAACGGGUCUCUGUGCAUGUUGAAUAUGCACGCCAAAUAUCCGAAACAAAAGAAAUCAGACCAGUGGCGCUUGUGACAAUACCUGAAACAGGGGCAAAUGUCGGAGUUUCUCUCCUAGAGACAGGCUACGCGACUUUUUCACUCGGCAGAAAUGACGUAUGCUCAGCUGCCUCGUUGCUGGAAAGCGCUAACGAAAGAGCUCGUGCUAACGGUGUCGGUACUUAUAGCAAGGACAAGCCCCCUGCAGUGAAGGUUGUGGAGCUAAGCCACCUGGGUAACGCUCGUGGGAAGUACUACCUUAGCUUUCUUCAGCGUGGCAUGCAGGGCAGCCGCCCACCAAUGUUAAAAGGUAUUGUUGAUGUGGUGAUUGGUGGCAGUUCCCUCCGUGUAUACAUACCAAAGGAACAUUUCCAGAUUCCGGUUAAGGUUGCGGGCAUAAUCACCCCUAUGGGUGCAAUGGGCGGCUCGGAAAAACCGGAUCCUUGUGCUGAAGAGUCAAAGAAUUUUGCCAUUAAUAUGCUGCAACAAAUGGAGGUAGAGAUUCAGGUAUAUACCGCUGAUAAAGCGGGUAAUUUCAUUUCUUCUGUGUUUCUUCCUGAUGGCACCAACUUCGCCGUCUCAACGGUGGAGGCCGGCUUGGGAACGGUGGCCAACGCAGAGCGUCUUCCAUUCCUCCAGCAGCUCAUUGAUGCAGAGCGCAGGGCACAAAGCGCAAAGAAAAAUAUUUGGGCCGAGGGCGCGACAAUUCCGCAGCGCGCAGUGAAGCUGGAGGCGGAGCGCAACGCCAAUGCCCCUACGUCGUACUCCCGCUCGUCAGGCCCCAAGGCGGAGUUUGCCCCAUAUGUACUGUCGGAAGUGGGCGACGACGGAUACUCCGUCUACCUACAAGAGUGCACAGAGGAGGCGGAGACUGCCAUGGAGAUGGUGCAGGAUCUUGCCAAGCAAGCGGCUUCGCUUGGCAGUGAGUACACACCAAAGCGCGGUGAAGUUGUGGUUGCUCAGUACAAGAGCGAUAAGUCAUGGCACCGCGCCAAGGUCCUCCACGCAAAGAAGAACGAUUCGAUCAUUACUGUACUCUUCAUUGACUUUGGUACAAGAUCAGAGGUGCGUGUGAAGGAUCUUCGGGCUAUACCGCGUGGUCCUGAGUUUGCCGUUGCUCGUGAUACCCCACCACUUGCGCGGCUGGUGCGGCUCGCGUUCCUCAAGGCAAAGGUGCCCUCUGCUGAGGUCAAUGUGGGCUACGCGUGUGACACUGUAUACGACUAUACUGAUGGGCCUGUUAUUGCCAAGGAAGUGUACCGUGACGGUCAAGGCAACAUCUAUGCCACAGUGACAGUCAAUGAAAAUGUUUCUUCGCUCAGUGAGAUUCUGUUACAGCGGGGUGUUGCGUUGCUUGACCGCGGAGCACAGCUCGUUGAUCCGAAGGAGUACAAACGUCACGAGGCUGCGCAAGAUAUUGCCCGUCGCGGUCACAAAGGGAUGUGGCAAUAUGGUGAUAUCGACGACGAAAGCGAUGACGGAUACUAA